AACUCAAAGACAUUUCGAGUUCUUCGACAGAAGGGGGCGGACGAGUUUUUAAAGAGUUUAGGGUUUUCAGAUUUGGGAACGGUGAAAUCCCGGCGAUUUCCGAUUUCCAGCGAGGUUUCCGACAUUAAAUUCGCCGGUGGAGCAGAGCGGCGUCUUCUUUUUUGUGUCGAGUUGCAGUUUCCGGCACCGUGCAGACCUUCGACAGCUUUCCGGCACCGUGUAGACCUCCGACUGCUACAUCCGACCACGCUCUCGUGCUCAGGACCUCAGUUGCUUGAUACUUGACAGCUGCAUAAAAUGCCUAGAGGGAAGGACAUGUUUUGGUCACAUGCAACUCAAAGCGAUGAUGGGAAGUUGAUUUGUAAAUUUUGUUCUGAGCAAUAUGCCGGAGGAAUUACACGAUUUAAGUAUCAUUUGGCUGGACUUCAGGGCAAUGAUGCUGCUCCAUGUUCUAAUGUGCCUGAAAAUGUCAAGCAAAGGGCAAUCAUAGCUUGUGGAGUUAUUUCUGACAGACCCAUGAAGAAGGGGAGAAUGCAAAGUGGAAGUGAAUCACAUUCAAGUGUAGGUUCACCAUCUUCAGGCAGCAAUUUUUUUUGUGGAACUUUGUCUGAGGGAGGAACAGGCCAACAACAAACAAUUCCAGGCAUGAUGAAAAAAGUAGAAAAAGAUUUUGUGGAUAAGCUUCUACUGAAAGCAAUGUUGUACGUAUCGUACGAUACGACCCCGUAUCGUACGAUUCGUAUCGUAUCGUUUGAAGAAAACGAUACGAUACACCCCUCGUAUCGUAAAAAGGGGGUGUAUCGGCCUUGUAUCGCACGUAUCGUACGAUACAAAGCCCGUAUCGUACGAUACGGGGCGAUACACCCCGUAUCGUACGAUACGGCCUAAAAACGCAAAAGGGGGCCGAGACCUACUUAUUCGGCUUCUUUUUCAAAUUUUUCUUCCGUUCUUCAUUUCUAACGCUUGGAUAGUGCCGUGAGGGAGGGCGAUCGUUCAUUUUGACCGUGAAGAACUUGAUUUUCAUCGUCAAAUCGAAGAUUAAGUGGUCGAUUUGUGCGUGGGUGCUUGAUUUUCGUGGGAAGGAAAGGGGUUUUCUUCAUUUCAGACAUUUCUUCUUCGUAAGAUAUGGAUCCUACAUGGCAAUGGUGCGAAAGGGUGAAGGAGAAUAACCGUUUGAAACUCAAAUGUGGCUUCUGUGGGAAUACACUUUCAGGAGGGAUUAUUAGAAUGAAACACCAUUUGGCAGGGACCUCCAAAGAUGCGUCUCCUUGUGUUGGAGGACCAAACAAACCUUUGCCUCGCAUCAACAAUGUUUAGAUAUGCUUCAUGCUUUACGUCAAAAGAGAAUACAAAAAGAAAUUGAAGAUGCAGAUGUAGGCUAUAAUGUGCCUUUGGAAGAUGAAGAAGAAGAGGAUGAAGCUUAUGAAUGUGAUGAUGAAGACGAUAGCAGUCUAAGAACAGAUUUGGAGACCUCAAGAGGUAGAGAUCGUAGAGGAAAAGGGAUUAUGUAUGAAGGAGGUCGAUCUGGCAUAACGGGAAGGAAGAGGAGAGGCACAACAGAUGUUAGGGCCAGGCGUGGUAUGCGACCACCUAGUGGUAGAGUUCCUACUGGUAGGUCUAGUGUUGGCUCUAUUAAGAGUUUUUUCCCUUCAUAUACCAGCCCAGGUGGUCAGCCGCAGAUUCGUGCUGCUAUGACAUCUAAAGAUAUGCUAUAUCAUGCACAAAAGCAGGUAGGGAAAUGGUUUUAUGAUGCCUGUAUUCCAUUCAAUGCAGCUAAUUCUUUUCAAUUCCAAGCCAUGGCAGAUGCAAUUGCUUCUAUAGGCCCCGGAUUCAAAAUGCCAUCAUAUCAUCAGUUGAGAGGCAAAAUUCUUCAGGAUACAGUCAAAGAAGUGUCUGAGCAUUGCGAUGAGUUGAAAUUAUGUUGGAAGGAAACAGGUUGCUCCAUUAUGUCAGAUGGUUGGACUGAUACAAGGUCAAGAACACUUGUAAAUUUUCUUGUGUAUUGCCCUAAAGGUACAAUGUUCUUGAAAUCUCUUGACUUGUCUGAUGUUCCUAAGACUGCUGAGAUUUUAUUCAAUGUUUUUGAUAAUGUUGUACAAGAAGUUGGACCUGCAAACAUUGUACAGUUUAUUACAGAUAAUGCUGCAAAUUAUAGAGCUGCAGGAGAUUUGUUAUUUCAAAAGUAUAGAACAUUUUAUUGGAGUCCAUGUGCCACUCAUUGUGUUAAUCUAAUGCUUCAAGAUCUUAAUGAGAUGCAUGAUAUGAAAUCAGCCAUUGACCAAUGUCAAGAGGUAACAAAAUUUAUCUAUAAUCAUGCAUAUGUAUUGAGUUUGAUGAGAAAAUUUACAAAAGGAGUUGAAUUAAUACGACCUGCACAAACUAGAUUUGCCACAAAUGUAUUGACUGUGCAGAGUGUGGUGAAACAAAGAACUCCUUUGAGACAGAUGUUUGCUAGUGAAGAAUGGGCUGCAUAUCCACAUGCUCAUAAAAGAAAUGUUUCUUUAGUUGUGGAUAUUAUAUUCAAUAACGUAUUUUGGGAAUCAUGUGUGAAGCUAUUGAAGGUUUGUGUUCCAUUAGUUAAGGUUCUCAGGUUGGCUGACAGCGAGGACAGACCUUCUAUAGGGUACUUAUAUGAGGCUAUGGACAAAGCAAAAGAGGCAAUUCGAGACAACUUAAAGGAAAAGAAAAAGUUAUAUAUGCCCAUAUGAAAGAUUAUAGAUAAAAGGUGGACUGGACAGCUUCAUCAACCUCUUCAUGCAGCAGCUUAUUAUCUAAAUCCUGCAAUUAGAUUUUCUCCUACAUUUAAGAAGGACAGAGAAGUCAUGCAUGGUUUGUUAGAUUGUAUUAAUGUGUUAGUGGAAGAUUCUACAGAACAAGAUGCUGUGCACAAUGAGUUGGAUCUAUAUGAUAGUUGUUUUCGGAACAUGGGACUACCUGCCGCCGUUCGAGCCAGGACAACGAUGCGUCCAGAUUUGUGGUGGAAUAGGUAUGGGUUUGAUUGUCCAAACCUAGCACGUUUUGCAGUCAAAGUCCUCAGCCAGACAUGCAGACAUGCAGUGCUAGUGGAUGCGAAAGGAACUGGAGUGUGUUCCAACAUAUCCAUAGCAAAAAAAGGAAUAGGCUCGAACAUAAAAGGUUGAAUGACCUUGUCUUUGUUCGAUAUAAUAUGAGGUUGAAACAAAGAGAAUUAGAAAAAUCAUUAGCAAGGAAGCACACAUCUCAGUUCGAUCCUAUCAGCUUGAAAAAUUUUGACGAUCUAGAGCCAUGGAUUGAAGAAGAACCAGCUACAAUAUUUGAUGAUGAAGAUCUUGAAUGCUUCAACCUUGAAGUUGAAGCAACAGAAGGCUUUGUUGAUGAAGGAGAGUCUGCUACUGCUGGUGCUGGUGCUGAAUAUGUUGGUGAAGAUCUUCCAAUUCUUGACGAUGAAGAAGAAGAAGAAGAUGAAGAUGAAGAUGAUGAAUCAUGAAUGAGAGUCAAGUCAAGAGUGCUUUCAUUUUAUAUGUAUCAAAAACUUAAGAGUUAUGAAUCUAUGGUUGUUGAACACUUGAUUGAAUGUUUUAUCAUUUAUGAUUUUAUCACUUUAUGGCUUAUGGCCUUAUGCUUUGUUGAAUGAUAUUGUAUUAUUGUUAUGAAUUUUGAUGUUUAUGAAUGAUGAACGCGUAAGUUUAUAGCAAUAAUAAGUCUAUCAUUAUCUCAAACAUGUUUUCUAUGAACAAUUUAUUAUUUUUAAUUUUUUCUGAUUUUUUUUAUGAAUUUUCCGAAUUUUUUUAAAUUUUUUCUGAUUUAUUAAUAAUUUUUUUAAAAAAUUUACGAUACGGUUACGAUAUGUUACGAUACGUUACGAUACGGCGUAUCUUAAAGCCCGACCGAUACGGCUUACGAUACGCGUUUUACAACAUUGACUGAAAGGUAUUGUAAUGAAUAAUGUGCCUUUCAACUUGCUUCAAUCAGUGGAUUUCAAAAAUUUUGUUGCUGCUGCUACAAACUUUGGACCAGGGUACAUUCUCCCGAGCUCUGAAACAACGAGAACGAAACUACUAGAUGAAGCAAGAAAAGAUGCUCUAGUAUAUGUUGAUGAAAUGAAGAAAACAUGGACAGAAUCUGGAUGCACAAUUAUGUCUCAUAUUUGGAAAGACACGAUUAGAAGCAAGUUCUAUAUAAACUUAUUGGUGAGCUCUCCAACUGGCACCGUAUUUUGGAAGGCAAGUCAAGUUGAAAAAGGCCCUAAAAGUGCAGAAUUUAUAGUUGAUUUUUUAUCUCCAACUAUAGAAGAAAUUGGGGCAAACAAUGUUGUACAAUUGUUACCGAUAAUGGAAGCAAUUAUAGAAAAGCAAAACGUAUUCUUGAAGGAAAAUAUCCAAACAUUUUUACCACAUCUUGUGCUGCCCAUUGCAUUGACUUAAUGCUUGAAGACAUUGAUAGUUUAGAAGAUGUGAAAAAUAUCAUGUGCAAAGCAAGGCAGGCUGUCAAGUUCUUAUAUAAUAAGCAACAUGCUUUAGAUAUAAUGAGAACUUAUACAAAGGGAAAGGAGUUGAGGAGGCCCGGUGUGACUAGAUUUGCCUCUCAAUUUAUUUGUUUGGAUUCCAUCUUAAAACAAGAAGAGGGCCUGAAGUUUAUGGUUGCCUCCAAUGAUUGGAGACAUGUUGAAAACACUGAAAAAAAUGAUGCAAAAGAACUUACAAGGCUCAUUCAAAAUGAAGAUUUUUGGAGAAAGGCAAAAGAAAUAAUAAGGUUUGUUGAACCAUUAGUGAGAGUACUUAAGAUGGUAGAUGGGGAAGGAGCCACUAUGGGCUAUUUGUAUGAAGCACUUGAUAGAGCUAAAGAAGCUAUCAAGAGUGCAUGCAACAACAUGAGAGAAAAAUAUAUGCCAUAUUGGAGUAUAAUUGACAAGAGAUGGAACCGUAAUUUGAACAGUCCCAUAUAUGCCGCAGCAGCUUAUCUAAAUCCUCAUUUGUUCUGGAAUAAUAAAGUAAGGAUGAAUGAUGAAGUUCGGAAAGGUUUGGAGUUAGCAAUAGAAAAACUUCUUGUUCCUGAGGAUUGUGCAAAUAUGUCUCUUGAAUUGGCCAAAUAUCAAACCAGACAUCCAUCAUUAUUUCGUGGUGAGCUAUCCAUGAAUAUUAUUGACACUUCUCAUCCACGUGUUUGGUGGUUGAUAUGUGGAUGUUCUGUUCCUAUUCUUCAAAGAGUAGCAAUCAAAAUUUUAAGCCAGCCAUGCAGUGCAUCAGCUUGCGAAAGAAAUUGGAGUGCAUUUGAAGCUGUUAAUACAAAGAAGAGAAGCAAUCUUUUACCAUCUAGAUUAACUGAUUUGGUAUUCAUUAGAAUGAACAUGCAUUUGCAAAGCAUGGCUGCAGAAAUAGCAAACAUAAAUGCAGAUCGAAUCUAUAUUGACCAUGUGAAUCCAUUUCCAGAAGCAGAAAAUUUAGAGGUUGGGUUGUCUUCAGAUUUAGAAGAAGAAGAUGAUGAAGAAUGCGGACCAAGUAGAACCAAUGAAGAAGAUGACUCUACUUCAUGGGAUGAAGAUUAAUGCUGUAUACAAUUCUUUUCCUCGAAGCAAUUAUACGUGAUAGUUACUGGGAUGACACUGCUUUUUUUUUCCCCUUUGUGUUUGUAUAUGUGCCUUUUUUCCUUACCUUGAAAGUUCACUCUUAUAACACCACCACUAACCA